AUGUUUGUCAACCCUAAGACUCCAAUCUUGGAAGCGAUCAUUGAUGAUGAAACAUCACCUUCUUCUAUCGCUAAUCCUACUGGCACUGAUAAUUCUAAUGUAAGUAUUAUUGAAGAGGUAGCUGAAACGGUUGAAGAGUCUGGUGAGAAUACUGACAACGUGGCUGCCCCUAGUUCAAGUAGUGAUGGUAACGAUACUGAUCCAAAUCAAGCUCUUAUUAAAACUUUAGAUGUGUUAAAUAGUACUGAUUCUAGUGCUGACUCUGGUCCUGAAUUAGAUUUAGGAUCUUCUUAUAAGUCAAAGGAAGAUCUUUUGUAUUCUCAAUUAGCUGCUCAAAUAGAAAAAAUUGUUAGACAAGAGAAAUUAAUUGACAUUUUAAUUAGUAACUUAACAUUGUUGAUUGAAAAAGUUAAAGUUAAUGAUGGUAAAAUUUUGUCACUAACUUAA